AAGGUUGAAGGAAAUAUUAGUUGGGCAUAAUGCAAAACCAAGGUCAAGGCAGUAGCUCAAAUUCUUCCCCAGGGAACUCUGGCUUCAAUGGCGGUCUUGGCACCAGACAACACCCCACCUUUAGACCUUCUGCAGAGAACAUUGGGGUGAACCCCAAUAAUGGUCAUAUUGCCGUUGCUCCAACGGGUCCAGGCCAAGUCACCGGUUCUGGUCCUCUCCAGCGUAACAUAGACCUGAAUGUUGAAGACAGUGAGGAGAAUUUGGCACAGUUCCUAUCCUUGGACCUUCUUAGAACUUUAAAUGCCUCGGGUGAUGAUCAAAUCCCAACCUCUGGUGGUGGUUCCUCCAGCCCAGUCAUGAUUCAUUCAGGAAGUGCGGGAUAUGUUGUAGAAGAGAACAUCAGUCGAGUUGGUCUUCCAACUGAUGCUCAAAGAAGGCUUUUAUGCAAAAGAAGGGCGGCUGAAGUACCACCACCCGAAAACAAUGUCAUCAUCAACACCCUAAAUGGAGCCAAUUCCGUCCAUACUGGCACUCAUUCAGCUGCACCUGUGGCUGCUCCCCCGACAGUACAGGUUGGACAAAUCGACUACUUUCAAAGAAAUACUCGUUUCAGACCAACUGUGAAUCAACAAAACCCAGGGCCAGUGAACUUGUGGCAGUGGAACUCAAACUAUUCCAAUUUACAACAACCAACUGGUCAUCAACGACCAGCAUUUUCAUCGUAUGGUCACUUUAGCUCACCACAACUUCCAGUUAUGGUAAAUCAAGCCAUGUUGCAGCAGCCUACUGUAGGAGCCCCUAACACUAAUCCGUUGCAAGCUCCUCAUCAGCCUCCCCAAUAUUGGAAUGGGGCAACCAUGUCGCCAUUUGCUCCUUCACCUGUGAUGAUUCCCCCUGCAAACAUGCAACUGCAAGCAAACAUGAACUUGCUCAAUGGGAACGCAGGCUUUCCUGGGAACAUUGCUGCUUCUUCGAGAACCCAAGCAGGUUCAGGCAUGCAUACACCAUUUUCGUCCAUGGGGUACCCUCAACUAAAUGUGGCUGAACAAUAUGGACAGAGACAGCAACACUUGGCCGACCGCUCUGAGGCCUGGAGGAUGGCGAAUUAUGGCCCAAUACAUUAUGAUCAUUAUGGUGCUCCUUCUACUGUUCGAGACAUGGACGCCUUAAUGAGAGGCGGUAAUCCUAGGCCUGCUCAAUUUCCACAAAGGUUGGGAGCCAUUGCUGAGAGACAAGCUGGUCAUCAUUCUCGAGUCUCACUCUCGCCUAUACCAUUAUCCCAAUUUGCCGCUCAAAGGAGAAGAAGGCUGCUAUAUCAGCUUCGCAAUUACUUGCGACUUUUACGUAGGGCCGGUAACUUACGACUUGAGGAUGCAAUGCUGCUCGGUCGUUCAUAUUUGAAUAGAAUGCGUGACUUGGACGAGAAUAAUGAUGAGAUGCGGGUUGAUGUUGAUAAUAUGUCUUAUGAGGAACUACUGGACCUGGAAGAGCAAAUUGGGGAUGUUAGCACUGGGCUAAGCGAGGAAACUAUUAUGGCUAAUCUGAGGAGGCGAAAAUAUCAGCCCAUCACAGUCCAACCUCCUACCGAAGCUGAACCAUGCUGUAUCUGUCAGGAGGACUAUGUUAAUGGAGAAGAGCUUGGUAAGCUGGACUGUGGUCAUGACUUUCACUUCAAUUGCAUUAAGCAAUGGCUCGUGCAGAAGAAUUCGUGCCCCGUUUGCAAGAAGACAGCUUUGGCUAUUUGAGAAUUGGAUCCACCAUGGUUAAUGAUGUUUGCGUGCCUGCAUGCUUAAGGAAUAGGAGGAUUAUCAGCUCAGUAUCAUUUCAGUUGUUUUAUUUACUUUUUCGUUUGAUGUUAUUUAGCAACAGAUGUUUUCAGAUUAAAUUUUAAUUUUCAAUAAACUCCAGUUUCAUAUUUCAUUUGA